CAAUUGAAGUGACUUGACGCUUCGCACAUCCUGAUUUCUGAGCUCUGCAAGUGUGGGAAUUAACCGUGAAUGGAUUUGAGUUUUCUAUGCGCGCCUCUGCUUUUCAAAUUUAAUAUUUGGAAAAAUUCUGGCGGAUAUUAAAUUAUGUCCAGAUAGUGAAGGCGGCUAUCCACAUUUGAUAUUGGAUCCAAAAUGAAAAGUUACCCUUACGUUCCCAGCAUGGUGCAAGCAAUCACUGUACUAACUGUUUUGAAGAUGAUGACCAAAGCCCAAACAUCUUGUGGCACUGGCUCAAUGAAUGGUAAGGUGAUGUACGAACGACUACCCAACACGCAACUGCAAGGAUUUGAUGACGAUAUCGUGGCAGAUACAGGGCCUCCAUUUAAGGUUUUGGAAAAGUGUCAAGACUUAUGCCUACGUGAUCGUGCCUCCAAUAAUAUCGUCCGAGCUUGUACUUCAUUUGAUUUUCAACCUGGAAGUCGCAUAGGUACUUUUAACGGAGGACCCGAGUAUGAUGAUUCAACAUGUUAUCUAACACGUGAGCAAGCUGCACCUGAGGGUAUUGGUAAUCUAAUGCUAGUACCAAAUAGUGUACAUUUCACUGAAGUUUGUAUAUCUUCAAAUCGACCCGACCGCGAAUGUCCAAACAGACGUUACAUUUUCGAACGCCAUCCUCGUAAAAAGCUCAAAUUGCCGGCCGCCGAUUUAAAGGAGGUGCAAGCUUCCAAUCGCAGCGAGUGCGAAGACAAGUGUCUGAACGAGUUUAGCUUUGUCUGUCGGUCUGCAUCCUUUGAUUCGGCAAUGCGUAUGUGCACCCUCAGUAGGUUUACACGCAGAACUCAUCCGGAAUUAUUAGAAGAUGAACCCAGUUCAGAUUACUUAGAAAACACUUGCUUAAAUGCUGAUCGACGUUGCGAUGGUUUAGCUGUUUUCAUAAAAGAAGAAAAUAAGCGCCUGGGUGGUCCUUUCGAAGUUGACUUAUUUAGCAAUAUAACACUGGAAGAUUGUCAGGCAAUGUGUGUUCGCGCCGAAAAGUAUUUUUGUCGAUCUAUUGAAUACGAUGAAAUGACUAAGCAAUGUACAAUAUCCGAAGAAGAUUCAAUUUCCCAAAAAGACGACAUUGGUGUAAGCAGUAGUCCGACGCAUCACUUCUACGAUUUCGCGUGUUUAGAUAGUCAUAAUUCUUCCAUUUCAGCUCGAGGAUCCGAAUACCCCGACAAUUCCGUAACUUCCCAUUUGUUUACUGGCAAAAGACCUGACACGGCAUUUCAAAGAUAUCGAAAUAGCAGAUUAGGUGGCGAACAUCACUCAGAAAUUUCUGGCAGAUCAUUAAGUGAAUGCUUGGAUGAAUGUUUGAGACAACCAAGUUUCCAAUGUCGAUCUGCAGUUUACAGUGAGCGCUACCGCACUUGUCGUUUAAGCCGGUACAAUCAAAAAGAUGGAAUGCGAAUAAUCUACGACGCAGAUUAUGACUACUAUGAAAAUUUAAUGCUCGGUACAGAUGGGGAUGGAAACCAAAAACCAGAUAGGCCAGACCAAAGGCCAGGGCAAAGACCAGGGUACCGACCAGGUGGUGAUAGAUAUCCAGGAUAUGACAACAGAAUUCCGGAUGACCGUUAUCCAGAUGAUCGCUAUCCACCAAACCGAUAUCCCCCAGGAAGACCAGGAGAUAGAUAUCCAGACGACGAUAGAUACCCAAUAGGCCCAGAUCGUUAUCCCCCCGGUGGUCGCUACCCCGAUGAUAGAUAUCCGCCCAGGUAUCCAGGACCUGGUUAUCCUCCUAGUGACAGAUAUCCAGAUAGACGGUAUCCACCACCACCACCUGGUGACCGCUACGGUGGCCGAGAUAGGGAUAGGUAUGGUGAUCGUGAUCGCUAUCCCGGAGGAGAUCGAGAUAGAUAUGGAGGCGAUCGAGUCCGAUAUGGAGGAGACCGUGAUCGUUAUGGAGGAGAUCGUGAUAGAUAUGGGGGUGACAGAGAUCGUUAUCCAAUUACUAGAUAUCCUGGAUACCCAGGUGACGUUAAUCGUGACCCAUAUGGAGGCGAUCGUUAUGGUGGUGGAAGCCGUUAUGCUGACAGCGACAGAUAUGGUGGCAACCGAGAUCGUUAUGGUGAUGAUCGUAAUAGUGGGCGAGAUGACGGCCGAUAUGGAGGGCGGGAUCAAUAUGGUGCGGAUCGUUAUGGCGGCCGAGAUAGAUAUCCGGAUCGUGACAGAUACGGCGAUUACGAUAGGUAUGGUGGAAGCAGCGAUAGGUAUUUACCCGGAGAUGAUCGAGGGACUCGUAGAUACCCAGGUUAUAGGCCUGGCCAAGACGAUAGAUACAGUGGAGACAGAUACGGGGGAGGCAGGUUUACAGGAAAACCGGGCUACAGUUAUUAUGGCGAUGAUAGAGAUGGCGGAAGCAGAUGGUUCUUUAGACCAGACCGUCGACCUACCGGCAGACCCUAUGAUGGCCCGCAAUAUGACGGAAUGCGUCGACCUUUUUUACCCGGACCUGAUGGUCCACCACCUUAUGAUGGUAAUCGCAGACCAAUUUCACCUGGACCAGAUGGUCCUAUUUACGAUAAUUAUCCACCAAGUAAACCGUAUGCCUCGCGAUGCGAUGAGGGGGACGGUUUUAAGCAAGCCGGUGUUCGACAACGCAUUCGCAAAGAUUAUGUACGUCGCUUCAUAGCUGCUACUACAUUACGACAAUGUGAACUAGAAUGUGUGGAAACAAGAGAUUUCGUAUGUCGCAGUUUUAAUUACCGUGAAAGCCCCCCUCAAUACGAUGGAGAACGAGAAAAUUGCGAAUUGAGCGACCGAGAUUCUCGAGAUAUAGACAUCAACAAUCCGCAAUAUUUCGAAAAUACUGGCAAUUUUGAUUAUUACGAACGCUCAAAUAGUCGUCAAGGAAGUGAUCCAGACUGUCUUGAUGUUACCCAAGUCUGUAACGACGAUGGCAUGGAAUUUACGUUGCGAACGCCAGAAGGUUUCUACGGUAGAAUUUAUACAUAUGGCUUUUACGACAGAUGCUUCUUCAGAGGCAAUGGUGGAACAAUGAAUGUUUUGCGAAUCAGCGGCGCAAAUGGUUACCCUGAAUGUGGCACUCAAAGAUAUGGCGAUACAAUGACCAAUAUUGUGGUUGUGCAAUUUAGUGACUACGUGCAGACAGGCAAGGAUAAACGAUUCAAUUUGACGUGCUUAUUCCGUGGGCCGGGAGAAGCUGUGGUAUCAUCUGGAUUCAUCGGAGCCGGGAGCUCAGGUAGUCCCAUUCCCAUAGAGUACCUACCAGCGGAAAACACACUCAGUUCCAAAGUUAGACUCAUGAUUUUGUAUCAAGGGCGACCUACAACUACCAUUGCAGUUGGUGAUCCAUUAACAUUCAGGUUGGAAGCCCAAGAUGGCUAUAAUUACGUUCAAGAUAUAUUUGCUACCAAUGUAGUUGCCAGAGAUCCAUACUCAGGAAGAUCAGUUCAACUAAUUGACAGAUUCGGUUGUCCUGUAGACAGUUACGUUUUCCCGGAACUUGACCGAGGUCGCAGUGGAGACAGCUUAGAAGCAAGAUUCAAUGCCUUCAAAAUUCCAGAAUCGAAUUUCCUAGUGUUUGAAGCAACUGUGCGCACUUGCAGAGAAGGAUGUCAACCGGCAUACUGUCAGUCAACCAGCGGCAGAUCUGAACCAUCGUUCGGUAGACGCAAACGUGACAUAAAUGAAACGGCCGCCAUUGAUACAGAUAGUAAUACUGUAAUCAUUACAAACGAAAUUAUGGAAAACGAUACCACAGUCUCGUUCCCAGCCACCACCGAGGGUACUGAUGUUACAGAAGAAACCAAAUCGGAUCCAGAGUUUGUCAGAGAGAUGAUUGAAGUGUUUGAAUCGCGAGAAGAACUGCAGCAAGAAGCACGCCGCGCCGUUCCCAUAUCGGAAUCGGUCUGUAUAACUACUGGCGAAUAUCACGGCCUAAUUAGUGCAAUUUUAGCGUUAGCAGCUAUCCUUAUAACAAUUAGUUUACUAGCAGGUAUAGCCUAUCGCCGGUAUUGGACAGUCAUGCACAAGAAUAUAAUUGCCGAUCGCUCCUCCUCUCGAUUGUCAUCGUCAUAUCCCACUACGAGAAGUAGCGGUGUAUCAUCAGGAAUAUCCAUUUUUGGCAACGGCUUUCAGAAACCGUUUAGUAGUUUUGGACGCACGCGUAAUUUUCCCAGCCUGCCUAAAGAUUCCGACCUUGAAUGUCCAAUGCCAGCGCCGGGUGGGCUCUUUGAAGAUCCAAGCGAACCCAUUUAUACGGACCCCUCCCUAUUCGAACGUUCGCGAAGUUUGAGAAGUAUUGCCGUAUCGCAAAAACGCCGCCACUCGCCGGGACCACAAAAAUAAGUUUCCGCUUCGAAAAAGUACAACGGACUGUUCGAUAUUCACGUAUCAGGAGACCAAAAUUAAGUUUUGAAUGUGAACCAAAUGAAUGUUUCUGAUUAUUACGAUAACCAAUUAAUAUCUAAUUUUAUAUUAUUAAUUAUUAGGUAUUUAUUUGCACCAACUAAGUGUUUGAUUCAAAUUAUCGAUAAAUUAUGCGUCAAUUGAACUAUAAUAAAUAUAAUCUUACCUACGCAUUACCAUCUUGAAUAUCGAACAGUUCCGUUAAAAAAAUACUCUCAAUUGUACUUUGUUUAUUCUUCUGUAAGCGAGAAUCAAUCGAUGAUAAUAAUUAAUCGAUAAUUUGCAAUUACUCAACAUUCACACUGCCUGUUAGUGCAUCCAUGUAGUAAAUGCUCAUGUCAAAUUUCAUGUGAUUCGAAUGUGUAAGAAUAUGAACGACUUCAAUGGUCGUAACUUUUUUUUAAUAUCAAGUAGUUAUUAUGUAUUUUUAAAACACGCGCACCAUUAUUUUCUAAUUAAAAGUUUAAAUUGA